AUGAAUAGUGAAGAUUUUUAAGUAAGUAAAUAAUCAUUGACAUAUCUGAUUUAUAGAGGGUAACCACAAUUUUAAAUGUUUCAGGAAUUCAAAAAAUUUAUUUAAGAAGCUCCAGAAAUAUAACCUUAAAUUAUCCAUAGUUCUCAAAAUUUAAAUGAAUAACAUAAUUUAGAUCUUGCUCAAAUAGAUAAAUUAAAUAAAUUUGUUUAAAGCAAAGGAGGCUUAUAUUAAGCAGAAUCUUACGUUUAAUACUUUGGAGAUUUCGUUUCUCCUAAUGUUCAAAGAUUUUUUUAGAUUUAAUUGUUAAAUCUAAGGAUCCUAAAAACAAUCACCCCUAAUAAAGAAUUGUAAAAUUUGCUCGCCUAGGCUAAUACAUUAAAAGUCUCACUUUCAUUGUUAUCAAAUGAAUAAGCUUUUACUGGAUCACUAUAAUUGACUAAAUUAUCGACAAUAAUAUAAUUUGAGAAUAAUUAGGCAAAUUUAUAUAGUUAAGAAGGAAUAUACAAAAUUGGCAAUAAUUAUUAAGGCAAAUUUGGUACUCAUGCUUUAGUGACUUGCAAAAAUUAAGAUAAGUUUUAUUUGGCAUUGUUAUAAUUAAAGGAUAAUAAAGUUAAAGAGAAAUGGUUAGGCAAAACUAUUUCUAUCUAUUAAAAUUAUGCUAUUCAAUUUGAAGGCUCAAAAGUAAUUAAAUAUGUUGAACUAAAUUAAGAAGAUUUAGAACUUAUUGAUUAAUGGGAAUCUUAUCAAGGAUUUGAAGAUUGUCAAAUUUCAUUAAGAGAAAUAAUGAAAUUGACUGAUAUUUGCUAUAAAUAUUGUUCAAUGAGAAAGUAAUUCAGAACUACAGAAGACAAGACUGAAAGACCUAUUUUAACUUAUUAAGUUACAUUAACAAGAUUAAUUAAUGCUAUUUCAUUUGCUGUAAUGUUUUAUAUCAGUGCUCAAGAAGCAAGAAAAGAAUUUUUCUAAGAUAUUUUUAUGAAAAAACCCAGAAGAUAAGUAAGUAAGAAGUUUGUUGAUUUUUUUUCUUUAUAUAUCACUGAACAUUGUGUUUAUGUAGCAGAAUAAUUAAGAGAUGUAUUUGGUGGAUUUGGAUUUCUGAGAAUUUCUGGGGUUCCUCAAAUCUAAGAAAAACUUAUAUGGUUAUCUUCAUUUUAUAAGAAUAACAGGAUAUAAAAAUUAAAUGAUUAUUUAAACGUCAUUUUAGAUAUUGAGAAGGUAUUUAAUUAAAUCUUAUUAAUAAGAAUAAAUAAGUUGUGCUUUUUUAUUUAGGAUAAUAUUUUAUGGGAGAUCCAGUAUCAAUGUUAAGAGAGUUAGGACCCUUAACUUUAGGAAAUGUUAGUAAUCCUUUUCAUGUGUUUGGUUAUCAUGUUGCAAAAAUUAAAGAGAAAUUAUUAUAACAAGAGCAUUUAAAAUAUUCAUAUUCAGCAUAUUAGUUUUCCUAAUUAACUUUUGAAUUAUUUGCUUCUUAAAAGUUUUUCUCUUUACUCGCUUUUAGAAGAUAUAGGGCUUCUAAUUUUAUUUUAGAUAGACUCUUACUUAAUUAGAAUUUCAUCUCACUUUCUUUAAUGGAAACCAAUUUAUCAAAUAUUAAUUUUAUUAAAUAACAAAUUGGAUAAAAUGCAUAAGAGUUGUUGACAGUUUUAAAUAUAUUGAUUGAUUCUUAUGAGUUUGAACAUUAUGGAAUUUUAUUAGGUUAAACAGAUUAAGAGAAGUUUUAUGGAAAAGUAAUAUCGAAAUCAAUUUAUAUUAGUUAAUUCAUGCUAGCAAGAAUGAAAAUAAUCGAAAUAUUGAAUAAGUUGUCAAUGAGAUCAGAAAACCAGUUUUAGAUUUAUUCAAUAGAUCAGGAUUAUGA